CUUUGCCCUUCUCUCUAGCAACAAUUCUGCCGAGUGUCAUUCUGGAGAAGUUAAUAGAUUACUAAAAGAAAACUCAACACACAGGUCUUCUCAUCUGCUGACUAAUUGUGCUGGAGACAGUUGAAUUAAACCCGAAAGGAGGAGAAGAAACAUUUACAGAAGAGGCAGAAAUACAUAGAAGAUGUCUAUGAUCAGUGCUUUGCCCUUUUUCAAAUCCUCUUAUCUCAGAUCUUCACAAAACUCCCUUAGGAGCCAGCGUCGACACACUCUUCCUGCAAGCGAAUUCCGGUGUCUCACACCUGAAGAUGCCAUUGGAGUAUUUGAAAUUGAGAGAGAAGCCUUUAUUUCAGUGUCAGAAGAUUGCCCCCUCCACCUGGAUGAGAUUCGACAUUUUCUUAACCUAUGUCCUGAGUUGUCACUUGGCUUGUUUGAAGAAGGCCAACUAGUUGCUUUCAUUAUUGGCUCCCUCUGGGACCAGGAAAGACUCAGCCAGGAUGCACUGACACUACACAAGCCUGAUGGUACCAUAGUCCACAUACAUGUUCUGGCAGUACAUUGUACUUUCCGCCAGCAAGGCAAAGGAUCUAUCUUGAUGUGGCGCUACCUACAGUACCUAUGCUCUCUGCCCUAUGUGCGUCGAGCCACACUGAUGUGUGAGGACUUUCUCAUUCCCUUUUAUACCAAGUGUGGCUUUAAAGUGCUAGGCCCUUGUGAGAUCACUAUUGGUUCAUUAAAUUUCAUUGAGAUGAACUGCGCUAUUCAGGCUCAUGCGUUUAUGCGCAGAAAUAGUGGCUGCUGAUAUUUCCCCUUGUUAAUUUCCAACUAUCUGGUUAGAAAACAAAAUAUCUGCUGUGAUUCUCAGUCCUUCAGAGGGAGCUGAAGUCUAAUGAAUCCAGGAAGUGCUGAAAGGCAAGACCUUGGUUGUCCAUGAGUAUAAGGGCCUUCUGAUUCAGCAGUAUCCAGCGAGUAAACCUACUCAGUCUGAAAAGGAAGUACUGAUUUUGAAAGUGUUGCCAUCCUUACUACAUGAUGCUUAAAAGAUCUACAAGUGAUAAUGCACUGUAAGCUGCUACAGUCAUUCAAUUGUAAGAUAAGAAGAAUGUAAAGAUUACAAGCAAGGCUGCCUUUAAAAAUUAUAGCUAAGCCUCAGACUUUUUUCUUGUGUCUUGCACUGGUCAAAUUCUCACAUGAGGGUAAAGGUGUAAUGAACUUUAGCAUGUUAUUGUUUAGCUUGAUGUGAGAACGACCAUUUUGCAUUGAGCAAACCAUGUGGAAAAAAAGUUAGGUGAGCACUGUGUGAAUAUAAUGACGGUAAAAUAGAAUAAGGAAUAAUGCAAUAAUUUAUUUUCUCAGAUUUAAACCAUGAAGGCAGCAAAACAUGAUAGCUGCUUGCAGUUCUACCAAAAUUUUGUAGUAAGUUAUGAGUAUUGCAGAAAGUCAUUAUAUAUUAUUCAUUUUGUCAUUCAUAUUUCAUUCAGUAAUAACAACAGCUCUAUUUACAAGAAGAGUUCAACUGCACUUUGAAUUCAUAAAAUUGGUUACUUUCAGUUUCAUAGUCUUCAAGUAACUAAGUGUAUUUAUACAAAACUUACUAUAAGUUAUUGCUUUUUGUUCACUGGAGAGCAAUUCUAUACCUUAUUAUAGUGGUUGGCUUUAUGUAAAGGUACGAAACUUCAUGUGUUUUAUAAAUAUAUGCUGCCUUAGCAUUAAAGCCAUGACAGACUUCCUUCCGAGCAGAAUUCCUAUAAAUAUUUCCCUCAUUUAAUUGUCCCUUAAAGCAUAUGAUGUGCAUUGAAUUCUACCUGUGAACAUCCCCUUGACACAGGAUGGAAAAGAAAAUAGAUGUACAAUUGUUUUUAUUUGUCUAAGUAUAGAUGUAUGGCAUUGUUCAGUCCAUCUGUUGUGAGUAAAGGGACAUCUUUGUGUCUGUACAUUUUUCAAUUAAAGCCAGAUCAUUAUCUUAUUUGUCUGCCAUACUGUUGAUUUUAGAAAAGCAGUAAUAACUUUUUAUCUGUAAAAAUGAGGUUGAUAAGCCUGAACUCUAGAGAUUAGGCAACUGAGUAAAGCAAGGGUCAUUCUGUUAAACCAUCUAUUUAGCAGGAAUGCUACUCAUUUGCAUGAUAUAGGUAGUCCUCCACUUCAGGCUGUUCAUCUAACAACAGUUCAAAGUUACGGUGGCCAUGGAAAAAGUGACUUACAACCUGUACUUGUACUUACCGACAGUAACACUACCUUGGUGAUUCCUUUAAUCACCACUGUAAAAAUUGUCUGAUUGACUCAAUUUACAAUGAAAAUUCCAAUCCCAAUUGUGCUCAUAAGUUGAGGCCUACCUGUAAAGUUAUAGUACAUGAUUGCCACUAGUGAUAGAAAGAUACUUGGAAAAAAUAUUAUUUUUCAAUGUAGCACAAGCCACAAAUCAGAGGUUUGCAAAACAUUUUGAGUUCCAAGGGGGGAGGGCGAAUGUUCCACAGUUGAAAUGGCCAUAAUUUGAAUAUAGGUCAGAAUGCUUUCUACCAUUGUUUGCAUUUAAUUUUUUUAACUAUAAUCAGAUGUAUGUGUGGACAUUUUCUGGUCUACCUAGCACAAUUGCAGUAGAAAUAAAAGCUGAGCAAAGGAGGAAGUUAGGCAUUCUGCCUUCCUUAUGAACAGAGCAGAUAUCUGUUUGUUUUUAUUAGUAUGGGACCGGGAAAAGACUCCUUACUAAGGCAGUAUAAGCCUAUCUACUCAAAGUAAGCACUGCUAAAUUCAAUGACAUUAGCUACAAGGAAACUGUUUAGAAUUACAAAUUUAUAGCCCAUUGUGUGUAAUCAGUGACUAAUUAUAUGGAAGUAGUUGCACAUUUUAAUUCAUUACUUGGUCAGCCUUGUGCAUAAGAAAAUGUUAAAAGUUCUUGCCACUGAAUAAGGAAGCAUUCUCCAAAUGUUAUUGCGUGUGCCAUUUACCACUUGUCAGAUCAGCAAUAAAUGUCUUUUUUUCCUGGU